GUUGCAAAAUCAAUCAAUAAAUUUUCUUCUCAUUGCUUUCUCUCACGAUCUUCUCUCUCCGAAUAUAUAUAUAUAUAUAUAUGUUGACUGGAGAGGGAAAGAAAAUGAAAAAAAGAAGAGUAAUUGAGUGAAAGAAAGACAAUCCUAUCUCUUCACAACUCUUUUCUACUUUCUACGACGAUUUUGUUGUCGAUUCUCAAAAAUGUUUGCAUGUUAAUGUUCAAUCGUCGAGGUUCGUAUAGGGUUCGCUGACUUCUUUCAGGUUUCUUAUUAUUGGCUGUAAGGUAAUGCAAUGGAGCAGUUUUCAGAGGAUACCACUUCUUGUCAUUCAAAGAUUCCGAUUAAUGUUUCCAAGGCAGUGGGAAGUAGAGCAUGGGGAGUCUCGUCUAGAUCUGAUGUAUAUCGUCCCUCAAGUGAUGCUACCCUUUUCUUUACUUCAUUGCCGGUUCUUCCACAUGAUAAGUUGAACUUAAAUAAUACAGUUUAUGGAAUUCAAUCUGUUGAUGAUAUCUCAUCCAGCUUAAACAAAUUCCAUCCAGAUGUUGAAGGUAUGGACCUGCUUGAAGAUGUCGAAAAUCAAGCAAUUGGAAGCUUGCUUCCUGAUGAUGAGGAUGAACUUUUAGCUGGCAUAAUGGAUGGUUUUGACUGUAGUGGGUUUCCUAAUCAAUUGGAUGACUUGGAAGAGUCUGAUCUUUUUGGCAGUGGAGGCGGCCUGGAAUUGGAAUCUGAUCCACAGGAAAGUUUGGGUAAGAUUAUGUCAAAGAUAAAUUUAUCUGAGGGUGUUGUUGGGAAUGGAGUUGCUCAUUAUGGCUUUGCAAAUGGCGUGGGAAAUAUUGCUGGAGAACAUCCUUAUGGGGAGCAUCCUUCCAGAACGUUAUUUGUUCGAAACAUUAAUAGUAAUGUUGAGGACUCGGAGCUGAGAACUCUCUUUGAGCAAUACGGCGACAUCAGAACUCUAUACACUGCAUGUAAACAUAGGGGCUUUGUGAUGAUAUCUUAUUAUGAUAUCCGUGCUGCUCGAAUUGCUAUGAGGGUAUUGCAAAACAAGCCACUAAAGCGGAGGAAACUGGACAUCCACUUCUCAAUUCCAAAGGAUAACCCAUCAGAUAAGGACAUUAAUCAAGGAACUUUAGUAGUUUUUAAUUUGGAUCCUUCGGUUUCUAAUGAUGACCUUCGUCAAAUAUUUGGGGCUUAUGGCGAGGUUAAAGAGAUAAGGGAAACACCACACAAGAGGCAUCAUAAGUUCAUUGAAUUUUAUGAUGUUAGAGCCGCUGAAGCAGCACUUAGGUCCUUAAAUAUGAGUGACAUAGCUGGUAAACGCAUAAAGCUUGAACCAAGCCGCCCUGGAGGAGCACGUCGAAACCUUAUGUUGCAACUGAACCAAGAGCCUGAACAAGAUGAAUCUCGGAGUUUCCGGCUUCAAAUGGAUUCCUCAAUAACCAACUCCCCUCCAGGUUGCUGGCCGCUUUUUGGCAGCCCUAUAGAAUGUAGUCCUCUGCAAACUCUCAGUCAUUCCCCUGGCUUCAGGUCUCCAAGUUCCACAAUUGGGAAUAAUAUACCUGGAUUAGCUUCAAGUCUGCAUCCUCAGAUAUCAAACUCUGCAAGGGUUGCACCUAUUGGCAAUGGAAGAGUUAGCCAUGUGGAGCAUAAAUUUACCAACACAAAUUCAAACCAUGGAGCUUCCAUUCAACAGUCUCAUUCAUUCCCAGAGCCAAAGCUGAAUCAGUAUUCUGGGACCAUGCCCUCUUUUGGUGCUGCAAGUUCAAAUGGAUCCGGUAUUGAAACAUUGUCUGGGCCACAAUUUCUUUGGGGAAGUCCUAAUCUGUACCCAGAGCAAACUAAUUCUUCUGCCUGGCGAACACCAUCUAUGGGCCAUCCACUUACAUCAAGUGGACAGAGCCAUGGCCUCCCAUUUACCAAUCACCACGGAUCUUUCCUCGGUUCAUCUCAACACUAUCCUCGUCAUCACGUUGGAUCUGCCCCAGCUGGUGUUCCUUUAGAAAGGCAAUUUGGUUUUUACCAGGACUCUCCAGAAACAUCAUUCAUGAGUCCUGUUAUCUUUGGAGGAAUGGGUUUAAGCCACAAUGACGGCAGUUUUUUGAUGAAUGUGGGUGCCCGUGCUGCUGUGAAUGCUGGCGCUGCUGUUUUAGGAAACAUAUCAGAAAAUGGUUCUCCUGUUCUGAGGAUGAUAUCUUUGCCAAGGCUUAGUCCUGUAUUCCUAAGUAAUGGUCAUUACCCGGGAUUGACACCCACCAGCAUGGAGGGUUUUGAGCGUGGACGAAGCCGGCGUGUUGAGAACAAUGUGAACCAGAUAGAUAGCAAGAAACAGUUUCAGCUUGAUUUGGAUACGAUUACAAGUGGUGAAGAUACUCGGACAACUUUGAUGAUUAAAAACAUCCCGAACAAGUACACCUCAAAGAUGUUGCUAGCUGCAAUUGAUGAAAAUCACAGGGGCACCUAUGAUUUUCUCUAUCUGCCCAUUGAUUUCAAGAAUAAAUGUAAUGUGGGUUAUGCAUUUAUCAAUAUGCUCUCUCCUUCACACAUUGUUCCGUUCUAUGAGGCAUUUAAUGGAAAGAAGUGGGAGAAGUUCAACAGUGAGAAAGUUGCUUCAUUGGCAUAUGCCCGAAUUCAGGGAAAGGAAGCCCUUGCCACCCACUUCCAGAAUUCCAGUUUGAUGAAUGAAGACAAGCGGUGCUGGCCAAUUCUUUUCCACUCGGAUGACUCUGAGGCUGUUGAUCAGAUUAUCCCGGAUCAUCUUCUGAUGAAUGGUUUGAACAUCCAAGUCCAUCAAUCAAAUGAGUCUCGCGCAGGGGAUUCGCUGGGAAGUCCAUCAGAGGGCAGUCCAGAUGAGAGCUAACAGCAUAACAGUAGUGAGAUCGAAGCUGAUUGCCCACAGUCCAAAUUAGUGGUGGCUGUGAUAUAUAUAUGUAUAUAUAUUUCUAUAAGUUUAGAAGGUGAACCAGAGAGAGGAAGCUUGUAGAUUUUGUAUCAUAGUUUGACAUUUCGCAAGAGAGCUUUGGGAGCUGCAGCAGCAGGGGUAUUUUGACUGAUGUGCAGAUCAAUGGUUACCAUAUGCAUCAAUCAACCAGUAUGUGCAUGGUAUAUCCUCUCAUUGCUUCAAUUUGGAGUCUUUGUUUUUUUGUUGAUAUUUUUUUACUAGAGGUUGGGUAAAUCAAUCUGCAAAUAUUAUGUUUAUUUUGGAAUACUAUAAUAGUAAGUAUAUGAGAAAAAUGUGCAUUGUGGGUUGAACUUUUUCGGCAGGUGAAGUGUAGUUGGGCCUAUCUACAAUUUGUAAAGUGGGAAGACACAAUGUCAUUUGUUAAUCUUAUUAUCGACUUAAAUGAAAAUGUGUAAUUUUGAGGCAUGAGAUUGUACA